AUGACGCAGAGUCAGGAGACUGACUCUGGCAGCUUUCGGGAAGGACGCUUGUGCCUGCUGGCGUGUUGCCGCCGUCUUAGGGUGGCACAGGCCAAAGACCUCAUCGUGGACGGCGUCAUCAGUGCUCUUGCCCAUACUGAACUGUCAAGCAGCAAUAGAGACUGCCUGCACAAGGCUGUAACAGCUCAGCAGCCAGAUGGCACAGAAAUGAACUGCGGACACCCUCCUAUCAGUAGGCUUCCUCCAGUGGACGGUGGUCACUCUUUAGAUGGCCCUCCGGCUUUGCAUAACUCGCAAAAACCACCGAACUCGCAAAAACCACCGAACUCGCAAAAACCACCGAACUCGCAAAAACCACCGAACUCGCAAAAACCACCGAACUCGCAAAAACCACCGAACUCGCAAAAACCACCGAACUCGCAAAAACCACCGAACUCGCAAAAACCACCGAACUCGCAAAAACCACCGAACUCGCAAAAACCACCGAACUCGCAAAAACCACCGAACUCGCAAAAACCACCGAACUCGCAAAAACCACCGAACUCGCAAAAACCACCGAACUCGCAAAAACCACCGAACUCGCAAAAACCACCGAACUCGCAAAAACCACCGAACUCGCAAAAACCACCGAACUCGCAAAAACCACCGAACUCGCAAAAACCACCGAACUCGCAAAAACCACCGAACUCGCAAAAACCACCGAACUCGCAAAAACCACCGAACUCGCAAAAACCACCGAACUCGCAAAAACCACCGAACUCGCAAAAACCACCGAACUCGCAAAAACCACCGAACUCGCAAAAACCACCGAACUCGCAAAAACCACCGAACUCGCAAAAACCACCGAACUCGCAAAAACCACCGAACUCGCAAAAACCACCGAACUCGCAAAAACCACCGAACUCGCAAAAACCACCGAACUCGCAAAAACCACCGAACUCGCAAAAACCACCGAACUCGCAAAAACCACCGAACUCGCAAAAACCACCGAACUCGCAAAAACCACCGAACUCGCAAAAACCACCGAACUCGCAAAAACCACCGAACUCGCAAAAACCACCGAACUCGCAAAAACCACCGAACUCGCAAAAACCACCGAACUCGCAAAAACCACCGAACUCGCAAAAACCACCGAACUCGCAAAAACCACCGAACUCGCAAAAACCACCGAACUCGCAAAAACCACCGAACUCGCAAAAACCACCGAACUCGCAAAAACCACCGAACUCGCAAAAACCACCGAACUCGCAAAAACCACCGAACUCGCAAAAACCACCGAACUCGCAAAAACCACCGAACUCGCAAAAACCACCGAACUCGCAAAAACCACCGAACUCGCAAAAACCACCGAACUCGCAAAAACCACCGAACUCGCAAAAACCACCGAACUCGCAAAAACCACCGAACUCGCAAAAACCACCGAACUCGCAAAAACCACCGAACUCGCAAAAACCACCGAACUCGCAAAAACCACCGAACUCGCAAAAACCACCGAACUCGCAAAAACCACCGAACUUGUGA